UGUUGCAUGCUUCGUACGUUCUGUACUAAAAUAAUCGGCAGAUGUGAUCGAUGUGGCGGCUAUUAAUUUGCAUAUUUAAAAUCGAUGCGCUUAUAUAGUUGAAAAUGAAGCGUGUCAUCACGAGUAAUGACUGAAUGAGUCGAUUCCGUGGAAAGAAGAAACAUGCAACUAAUGGCGUUAUCUCGAAUCAUUUGUGGGUGUCUUCUGUUGUUGUUUGUGGGAUUAAUCUGGAUACCAAUUUUGUUCGUCCACAAUUCUGAAAAUGACGUGGACAUCACAGUGCUGGCUGCUGACGUAGUUGAUAUACGAACACUUUCAACACCAGGGGAAGGAAACUACAAUCUGGAGCGUUCUGGGAAGAUCUCAAAGAUCCUGAAAACAUUACACGAAAUAAAGGACAAAGGUAUCAUCACCACAGACAUUAUAGCAACAAACACACUUGAGACAGACCAGCCUAUGAAUGUGGUGGAUGUAUCAACUACGUGGUUAAAUGAGGAGUGGUCAGCACGCGACUCAGAUGUUCAGCAUAUCGUUACAGCCAGGAGUAACCAGAGUAAUGCCGAGUGGAUCGAGCAGGUUAGCUACACCAUGCUAAGCACGCACAAUGGGACCACAACAAGCACCUGCAACCAAAUGGCAUACCUUCGCAAAACAACCUUUCGCUGGAUCAAAGUAUUGUGUGAAGUGUUAAAAAGACAACCACCUGUUGUCAGAGUGGGUCUCCUGGCUAUGGUGGUGUUAACUAGUUUAAUUCUUACCAUCAUUGGUUAUAAGUUGAUGUGUCCUGGAGUGCACCACAGGGAAGGAAUAGAGAGACAUUACGACAUGGAGGAUAGUUGGCUUAUGUUUGCCUAACAUGAGUAAUUCAAACAGCUACCAAACCUGCAGGAAGAUUCAAUUAAUACUCUCAUUCCUCUCCUUUAUGUGGUAAAUAGUCGUUCAUACAUACAUGUGUUAACUUACAAUCCAUGUUUAAAUGAUCCACUUCUUAGUACUUAUUACAUGACAGUUGAGACUUGGACAUUAAAUUGGUGCGUGACAUUCAAAACCAUUGUCAACAUUUUCCUACCACCACCCUUUCCUAAUCAUUCGCACAACGAUUGUAGGUAGACCAAAUUACAAUGCAAUUAUAUAUCCACUGUGAAAUUGACACAACCAUAUGAAGCCACUUCUCCUCUGCUCUCUGACAUCAUUGUCAUAAUCAUGCUCAAGGUUUGACUCUGCUGUCCAAAUAACCAAGCUAAUAUAGUUGUCUUUAGCGUUACACGCAUUUGAAAAUGUUGCUAUUUGAGAAUAUUGGUAUAAAUAGAACAAAAUUCAGUGGAAAUGGAUAGACCAAAAGGCAAACAUGUUCAGUUUUAAUCCUUUAUAGUUUAUUACACUUAUAACACAUGAUCAAACUAAUUUAAUGCGGAUAAUAAUCCAUUAAUAAUUAUUUAAAUACAGAAAGGCUAGGACCAAGCUUUGUUCUUUCAAACUUUCCAUAGUCAUAGCAAAGGUGAUUUGUGACAUCAGAAUUUGAAGUGUUUUAUUAAAAUAAAUAAACAAAAAUCUUGGUGGUGUGUAUGGCUUACAGUCAUUCAAUAACUCCUGCCUAGGCUAAGGCAAGGAUUCCAAUAAUUGAACACACACAAUGACACUACAAAUGAUAUCAUUUCACAGUAUUACACUUACUAAAAACAAAAACACUUUCUUCUUGUCUUCUUGAAUAAAGGUGGAUAUGGGGAGGGGGUGGGGGCGCAACAGGGACCACACCCCCCCCCCCCC